CUUUUUUUCUGAGCUGAAGAGGAAUUAUUACCCAAUUAUCAUUUUUGUUAGUUUUUGGUGCUGGGCUAUCUCUCUUUGAAUUUGAACAGCUGUCGUGUUGAGAUUUGCAAUUUUAUACAUCCCAUGCUCGUGUCUCUGUUUCAAUAUUGAUGUGGCUUCUUAUUGGGCAUUUCUCCGACCAACCUACGAACUAAGUUCAGCACAAUAAUAGUGAAUUGCAGUCUGGCGCCGAGGCCUGAGGUACUUCUUGUAUACUAAUAGAAUGGAGGCUUUGAAUGUCCUGCAGAAAGAUCUGGAGAAAGCCGAGUCCAGCUUGAAAUCUGUAGAUUCGAAAAUAAAGGAAACAACUGGAUUCGACCCCAAUGAAAGACGGACACGUGUGGUGAGUCGCGUCGGAGUCAAUGCAAUUCCGAUAAGGCGAACCAUCAGUGGGGAGCGGCGACUCUCUCAGAGCGAUGAUGCCCCCGGUGCCAAGCGUUUUAGAGGACCCGAUUCUUCGGACACGCGACCAGUCAGACGAACCGUUCAGAUGUCUAGCUCUGUGUCUAGCAGUAGAGAGUGUGAUGAGCGUGCCCCUCCGAUCCAAUCUUCUGUGGUACGCUCGGUACCCGAACGACCUCCUCGCAGUACAAGACAAACUGAUCCGCACAGUAUGGCACGAAAUCGUCGCAUGUUCGGAAUGCUAAUGGGUACACUACAGAAGUUUAAAUCGGACGAUAGUAAUGCUACAACUCAGUCUCAGAAGCAGAAAGAAAUUGAUGCGCGCUUGGAAGAGACACGGAAGAAGGAUCGCGAGGAAACAGUAAGGCAACGCGAAGAGCUCUACCGUGCGCGGCGUGAACAGUCACAGGCUGUUAACCAGAUCAAAAGUCAAAUUGAACUGGUUGAGCUGCAAAAGCAAUGGGUGGCGCACAAAGAUGAACUGAGGGACAGCGGCUCUAUCCUGACCAAAGCUCGCCCGUCUAUUUUCUACUCACCUGCCGUGCACACGAGAAAAACCGAAAAAUUGGUAGAGGAGACUCAACGAAGAUUAGACGAGGAAGCAACCAGUCGUCAUGAGGCACUUCUUUCCAGUGCGAAAGGCAAGGCCGAGGAGGAGACAAAUGACAGAGAGCAGCAAAGAGCGACUAAACGAGGCUCUGCCAUCACUGUGCCUGACGAUGAGGAUGGGCUUACCUUUGAUGCUGCAGCAGAUGGUAUCACGGGUCUUCCCGGGGUAGAGGAGGAAGACGCGAGUGCCGAUGUGAAAGUAGAGGAUGAUGAGCAAGAUUCGGACGGCUCUGCAGCCAAAGCAGAUGGGGCGGUGAAGGAGGAGUCGCCGGAUGACCGGGCAUCUUGAGACAAUUCUAUGUCUCUGUAGAUAGAGUUGCCGCCGUGGCUGUGAUGCUGGCAGCAGUACCGGCAGCUGCGUUGAUGCUGGUGACUACAUUCAAAGGGUUUUGCGCAUAGUGCCGGCAACCUGGCUACCAACGAUGAGUCUACCAUGCUCGUCUUCUGGGAGAUCAACUCCUAUUCUGUACCAGUGGUGAGAAACUGUGUGACGUUUAUAGUCUCAAUUCUGCAAUACUACAAAUGUAGUGUUAUACAGGUUCCUGGGGACUUACCUUGUACUUACGUUUGUGGUGCCAUGGAGAAGGCCUUUGAAAAGGUGUCCUGCGAGUAGGCAGUUGGAGGGGGACACAACUGUUUUAACUUCUUUCUUGUGAUGUUUCUGUCGUUUGUUGAGUUAGAUCCAUGAGAUCUGGUUGUGUGAUGUUACUGAUGUACAUAUCACAUAUGUAUACUGGUCUUAUUCAUGUGCAAUAAUUAGUCCUGUGGAAGACAUUUGUUGUAUACGAGUACAACUCUCAUAGUGUAUGUGUGUAGACAUGUGUAUGUUAAACUAUGUUUGUCUGGCUGGCUGUCUCUGCGAAAGCGAUUUUUAUCUGGACAAUGAUUUAAUACCAGGAAAAGUCCAGCCAAA